AUGGAAGCAGCCAAUAAGAAUAUCAAGAAAAUCAUGAGAAAAAUGACUGAGACUUAUAAAGAUUGGCAUGAGAAAUUACCAUUCGCCCUCUACGCCUACCGAACGUCAGUCAGAACCUCCACCGGGGUAACACCUUUCUCUUUGGUUUAUGAAAUGGAGGCGGUCUUGCCUAUUGAGGUUGAAAUUCCUUCUCUACAAGUCCUGUCAGAACUAAAGUUAGAUGAAGCAGAAUGGAUCCAGUCACGAUACGAUCAGCUAAACCUAAUUGAUGAAAAGAGGCUGAAAGCUAUUCACCACGGUCAAAUGUACCAAAAGCAAAUGAUGUGGGCUUAUAACAAGAAGGCUCAAGAAAUCGAUUCUACAGGUCAUGUCCCUCAGAGGACGAUGUAG